UCUCACAAUCUACGUUUGCUGAGUCUCAUGAUAUCGCGACUACUGCUCUCAUUCUAUCUGCAUGCUCUCAUCAAAAGCAGUCGAUGUGAAAACACCACCGCAGAUACAGUUGCUGUAGACUUGCGAUCUUCUGAAGUAGAAUUGCUUGCAGUCGAUGAGAACGACUACAAACCGUUGUCAUUGCACUACCUGACUGACGACAUGAAUAGCAGCUGUGUGACUCCUAUUAGCAAACACGGAUAUCCUCUUCAAUUACUCAUAACAGUUCGAUUGAAACAAUGUCUACGACUUCUUGCGGUGAACAUUGCUGAGAACGCAACUGCUCACACUUCGUUUGGCGUGACUGCAAAGAUCGGCUGUACAGGAACCAUCUAUCCACGAAAAUGCGUGUGGUCUAGUGUGAAGCUCGCUGGAUCAUCGAUAACGUCAUACGAUUGCUUAUCAUUCUUGGCCAAGACAAUUACGGUUAAAGUUCCAGCCGGUUCCACGAUCUGUGAAUUAAGUAUCUACGCACCUCCAGAAACGAACUCAAAAUGCGAAAAACCAACUAUAACCGAGACUACUGCUUCUUCUCUCGUUCUCUCAUUCAACUGUUCGUUCAGUAACACAAGAGAUCGUUUCGCUUGUCGCAUUGACAAGCACUUGGUUCAAAUCCGUCCGACACUUGGAGAUCACUUCACAAUACAAGAGUCCCGUACAAGUUCGAUUAGACUGUCUCAACUGAUUCCCUUUACUGCUUACGAAAUCAGAGUAAACGCAACCUACAACAAGUUGUAUUGCAAAUCACAUUCUGACGUAAUUUUUGGUAAAACGGAUCCAGUUGCACCAUCUCUAACAGAAGACGUUCAAGUUGUAUCUAAGACAGCAACGAGUGUUGUACUCACGUGGAGACCACCGUUUUAUAUCAAUGGAUCUAAUCUCCGCUACUUCAUCAAUUUAAAGUCGAAAAAUAUGUACAAAUUGAACACUAGAAAACAACCAAAUGUUACCUUGACUGGUCUUACACCCUAUACUUUCUAUACAGUCGCGAUUAAAGCUUAUGUCGACGCCAAAAUCAAUACCAAAAUUAAAAUUAAUAUCAACAACAACAAUUUUAUAAUACUUGGGAGUAACAAAAUUACAUCAACAUUUACGACAAAUCAAGCAAAGCCUCAUCCUCCGGUCAACAUACAAGUAAACACGCAAACACUUACAUCUGAUUCGAUUGAGAUCAAUUGGGAGCGGCCUCAAAUAUCUCACGGUCCAAUUUCGUAUUAUAAAAUCUAUUAUUAUAACUUCAGUGUAAGUGCUCCAAACGUCGUUAACGUUUCACUACUGAACGAGCUCCACGUCGUUAACGUUUCGACCAACGCACUACUGAACGGGCUUCAACAUUUCUCGACUUACCGCGUUGUCGUAACGGCUGUCAACGUUGAGAAAAACGUUGAGCUGGAGAGCAAUGAAAGCAAACCAGUACAAUUCAAAACUUUAGCAGCUGCACCAAGUCGACCUCUGGAGCUAAUUGUCUAUAAUACAGAAGCACGAUCGGUCAAUCUCAAGUGGAGACGACCCUCUAUACCUAAUGGAGAUAUAGCAAGUUAUGAGAUCAUUGUGGUACAGGGGAAAGACGUCAAUCCUAGUACUCUUACGAGAUCGGUCGUUAAGGAGACUGUCAGUGGCGACAUCUUAGAUUACGAAGUAUCUGGUCUGAUUCAGAGAUCACAGUACAGUGUGUGGGUGACAGCAGUCAAUAUUCGGAGAUCUGACAAAGCAAGGUUGAGAAGUCCUCCAAGUCGAGUGAUAAUCUUUGCUACCAAGGAAGAAGCACCACAUGCUCCUAUCAACUGCAUAGUCGAAAACACUAACUCGACAUCUUUCUUUGUGGAAUGGGAUUCUUCUCCAAGAGACGAACAAAUUGCGUAUUAUAAAUUAAAAUUUCAAUCACUUUUUGAGACAAAAGUUGCAACGACUAUGGAAAGGACAUUUCAACAGACAGGCCUCAGAGCUUCUACUUACUACAACAUCACAGUCACUGCAUUUACAAACUACACGGAACUACUGAGUGGGCCACCAUGCCAGUUGUUGGCCAAAUCCGUCGAAAAAAAUAUUCAAGGAUCUGAGUCUUCCACAAUAGUUUAUGUUAUUGUCGGAGUCGUGAUUUGUUUGCUGAUUAUUGUUAUUGUGGCUGUCGUUUGUUUUGUUCGUUAUUGGCAGAGAUGCUGCGACCAUCGCGUCCAGAAAGACGACUUCAAGACCAAAAAUCAAGACACAAAUUGCUAUGAGCUGCCAAUAGCUACACAAACUUCUCAUACCGUCGAGAAUGUGGACAUUACACAAAGCGCUGCAAACAGCUCCCGGUCAGUUAGCAUGAAGUCGGAUACUGAUCCUGUCUACGGUAAUGCAACAGUGAUGUCGGACCAGAUUCGCUCAUUGACUACACCGGACAAUGACGUUAUUUACGAAAAUUUCCGUCGACACUAGAUGCAAAUUUUACUUGCAACACUAUCUACACUGAUGCAUGCGACAAGACGAAUGUCUAAGAAAAUCAAUACGUGAUAGAAACAUUUGGUACAAAUUGAUAGCAAUCUUGAUUAGAGUGUAAUUAGGUCCUUGUCUCUAAAACAUUCUAAAAGCAAUUUGAGCAAUAAACGAAACCUAAAGGUGCUCAUGAAAA